CCACGUGGCUGGGAUCACAGUCAGAAUGCAGGCUGAGGAAUGGAAGCGCUCCCCAGGCCGGGCUUUGGCUUGGUUGAAGAAUCGCCUGCCUGGUUAUUAGCCUACCUGGAACUACUCAGGGGUGGUGGUGCUGCUGCUGCCUGGGGGAGACGAGCCCCGGACGUGGCCUGGGUGAGCAGCUACCUGGUGGAGAAGCUGCUGUGGCCGCUCCGAGAGCUGGCCAGGGCCAACGUGCUGGCCGAGUUCUACCAGCUCAGACACCACCUGCUACAAGGUCCCCGGGAAAGUGAGUCCUGCCCCGGGCUGUGCUGCCCUCCUCCCUGGGAGCCCCCUGCCCUGUGGGCACAGCAGCAGGGUCAUGCAGGGGCAGGUACUGUGGGGGCAUCACAGUGCCGGGCGCAGAGCUUACUGGACUUCCCAGGUCCUGUGGGACUAGGGCUGAGGCUGCACAUCCUGCUUUUGUCCAGAAUACAAGGCCUGGCCCAGCCGAGGAGUAUGGUGGGUGGUUUAGGGCUUCAGGCCCGCUCCCUCCCUGUGGGCUCUGCUGGAGCAGCAGGCAGACCUCCCAUUACCGCUGGAAGGGCACUAAUUGAGUUCAGACUCACAGGUCAGGGGCGAUCUGGUGCUGGGAUGACGGGCUCUGGGCUCCCGGGGAGCUUGCGUGUGGCUCAGGUGAGUCUGCUAACCUCUGGACUCGGCUUCCUCCACUGUCAAAUGCAGGUAACCACGUGGCUCGCUCACAGGGGUAAGGGGCAUGUACGGUUCUUAAUGCACGAGGGAGCCCCUCAUGUCCGUGGGGGAGCCACAGUACCCAGGCCUGGCAGUGUGGUUUAUCAGUGUGUGACUCACAUGGGGGACUAGGGCUCCCUAGAAGCGUGGGUGCAGUCAUGUCUAAGCAGCACGCUGAUGCUGUGGAAAACAGCCUGGUCUUCAAGUUGUGUGUGUGUGACCGUGGGCUGCUUUGUGCCCCUCAGUUCUGAUAGCUGACCACGCGACUGGUAGUGCCUCCCACAGGACGCUGGCCCUGGCCAACAGGUGUCUCGCUGUGCACAGUGGAUGGUGCUUUCCCGCCACGGGCAGGAGCACCCCCAAGGCACAACUCAGGGGCCACGCUGGCUGGACUGGUCACACCUGCUCCUUCACAGGCCAUCUCUUCCCGACCCUGAAGAGGGCAGGUCUGCAGGACGCCGCUGUCAUGUUUUUUUUUUUUUGAGACUGGG